GACUUGGCCAACAGGCAUGCGGUGGGGCGCGUACCGAGGUUGGGGAUGGGCUCGAGCAGCUGGGCAGGCAGCGAGAAGCGAACGGCGGCAAUAUCAGAUACUCCAAUGAAUCUAAGGCGCGUCAGACAAGUUCUUAGAAGCACAACAACAGCGCAUGUAUGCCUACUUCUUCAAGAUUCCGACGAAAGUUUUGAGUUUACUGCUGUCAUCUGGUGUCUUCUCGGCAACACCCAGGGCAGCGCCACCAGGAGUCGAAGCCCUGGAGGACUGUUCGGAAGGAGGAGCAGAUAGACCUGACGAUGACGAAGCCAUUUGGGCGAGAUGUCGAGAUACACAAGCAAAGCGUUACAAGUGUUUUGGUAUGUCGGUCAAGGAACGUCUGUAACUACGGAGCGAUUCGCGGGGCCUGCCUGAAAGGAGGGCACGUUCCCCCCAUGACGUUGAUAUCAUUACUACAGAAGACUCGGCCAAGACAUGAAUACUAUCAGCCACUCCAGCCAUACAAGUCACCAGGAAUCCAGCCAUCAAAAGGCACGAAUGUUUUGGGGAACUCGAGGGGGUCCAGUGAGAGCGAUGUCCUCGUGCACUCUCAUUGGAAACGAGCCAAUCUCCAAAAAGAACUUUGCAUCCCCUUAGUUAGGCACACGCCCUUGCCCUCACGGAAGGGCCUUGGUCCACGCCUUGGCCUCGACGAACAGUCCUAUGCGUACUCUUAUGCUCAUGCUCCAAAGCAGUCUCACUAUCUUGCUCGUUGUCACGUCUAUGCAGCAAGCCAAAGGCCCAACUGUUUGUGGCCGUCUGACCCGCGGCCGUCUUGCAGUAGCACCCUGUGAUCGUUUCCCGUGCAUAUGACACCGGUCGGCCGCCAAUCAAACCAGCACGCUCCUUGUGCCAAGUCACCGACUCGCAGCUUUGCAUUUGCAUGCCUACAGCCCCUUCUCGAUCACCUUGGCCAAUGGUAGAUGACAUGCAGUUCACGGUGAAGCCA